AUGCCAGUUCUGGAACGGGAGCCCUCCAAAGAUUUAGGAGGCGGGGAUGGUCUGCCGAAGCUGCCACUCCCCGCCCUGAAAGACACCCUGGACAUUUACCUGAAGUGCAUGAAGCACCUGCUCACAGAUGAGCAGUUCAAUAAAACCCAAAACAUAGUGAAGCAAUUUGGAGCCCCUGGAGGAGUGGGGGAGCAACUGCAGAGCAAGCUGGAGGAGAGGAGGGAGAGCAAGGCCAACUGGGUGUAUGACUACUGGCUGAAUGACAUGUACCUCAACAACAGACUGGCUCUGCCCGUCAACUCCAGUCCUGCGAUGGUGUUCCCACAGCAACACUUCAGAGCUCCCAUUGACUCAUUAAGGUUUGCUGCACACCUCAUUUCUGGAGUUUUGGAGUACAAGACUCUUCUUGAUGCACAUGCUCUGCCGACAGACUACGCCCGGGGCCAGCUGGCUGGAACCCCUCUGUGUAUGGAGCAGUACUAUCGCCUGUUCACCUCCUACCGCCUACCAGGGUGUGAGAGGGAUACACUCGUGGCUCAAGAGAGUAGCGUGAUGCCAGAACCUGAACACAUCAUUGUGGCUUGUAAAAACCAGUUUUUUGUGCUGGAUGUGGUGAUCAAUUUCCGCCGACUGAAUGAAAGAGACCUGCUGACUCAGCUGGGGAAGAUUGUCAAAAUGGCUGACAGUGAAGAAGAGCGACUCCCACCUAUUGGUCUUCUCACUUCAGAUGGAAGGACAGAGUGGGCUGAGUCUCGCAGUGUGCUCAUGAGAGAGUCAACUAACAGGGACUCCCUGGACAUGAUCGAGCGCUGUCUGUGUUUGGUCUGCCUGGAUGACGGCAAUGGGCCUGACCUAAGUGACACCACACGGGCCAUGUUGAUGCUGCACGGAGGAGGAGGGGCCAAGAAUGGGGGCAACCGCUGGUACGACAAGCCCAUGCAGUUUGUCAUAGGAGCUGGCGGCUGCUGCGGAGUAGUGUGCGAACACUCUGCAUUUGAAGGAAUUGUCCUUGUGCAGUGCACCGAGUAUCUGCUCAAAUACAUGAUUGGCAGUCCAUCAAAGCUGGUGAGAGCUGCGAGUGUGAGCGAGCUGCCUGCACCUCGCAGACUCCGCUGGAAAUGUACUCCGGAGAUUCACAAGCUCCUCGCUUCAUCUGCUGACAAACUCCAGAGGCUAGUGAGAAAUCUUGACAUGAAUGUCCACAAGUUCUACGAUUAUGGAAAAGAGUUCAUCAAAAAACAGAAAAUGAGUCCAGAUGCCUACAUUCAAGUUGCUCUUCAGUUAACCUACUACAGAUGCCACGGCAGAGUUGUGUCGACCUAUGAGAGUGCUUCAAUUCGGCGUUUUCAGGAAGGCAGGGUUGACAACAUCCGUUCAGCCACGCCAGAAGCCCUGGCCUUUCUCAAAGCAAUGACUGAUGGGAAACUGAGCACAAGUGAUGCAGAAAAGAUGGAGUUGUUACGAGGUGCCAUAACUGCACAGACAAAGUAUACUAUUCUGGCAAUUACUGGGAUGGGAAUAGACAACCAUUUACUAGGAUUACGUGAAAUCGCACAUGAACUGAACAUGGAGAAGCCAGAGAUAUUCAAAGAUGAGGCCUUUCUCAUCAGUAAUCAGUUCAUUCUCUCUACAAGUCAGGUCCCGACUACUGUUGAGAUGUUCUGCUGCUACGGACCUGUGGUUCCAAAUGGAUAUGGCGCGUGUUACAACCCUCAGUCAGACCACAUCAUCUUCUGCGUAUCCAGUUUCCGUGAGAGCUCGCAGACGUGUUCAGCAGAAUUUGUCAAGUGUCUGGUGCAGGGACUCUUGGACAUGAGGGAUUUGUGCAAUAACUGCAACUCCAGCUCCAGCCUGACCGAGCAAAGACAGGGUCAAACUCCGGAGACACACAAGCAAACGGAAACAAACUUGCAAAGCAAAACGCAGCAGAGGCCAGCUGACCUGAGCAAGAAUCCACAAAGCCUGCCACAGGUUCUGGUGAAGACACCCGACCAGACUAAAGUGGAGGCUCAAACGCAGACCUCAACACAGGGAGAGCCACAAGUUUUGAAGAACGGAAGUAAAUCAUAG